CGCCACUCCAACCUGGCACGGUCGCGGUCAUCUCCGUCUCCACCGAGAAAAGCGGCGGUGAGGCGUGGGUCUGCAGCUAAAAGGCCCACCAAACGCAAUCCAGAAGUUGUCGUCGUUGACUGGAGUACUUCCUACGGUGGUGGAGAAACAUCAACCGCUUCCGACACGGAGGUUGAAGAUGAAGAUUCAGACGUCGAUGAACAUGGGAGAGGGAGGGUCAGGCUACCUGUCAAGCUCUCUCGCCCAGAAAGUCCACGUGUAGACUUUACUCGUUCGCGCUCUCCACGACCACCACAACUGCAACCCUCACUUUCACCUAUCGUUUCUCUCUUCCAUCGCCGGAAACUCAUUGUGGAUCGCACUCCGAUUCUUCCAGCCUUCUUACAACUCCAUGCUCCCAUUCCGUUCACCAAUCUACGAUGGUCUCUCCUUAUGGACUCGCGUCGCGCUGGAGAGUCAUUUGUUUUGUUGGCUUCGUUACUCUUUGGGACCCAGAAGAUCGAGCAGUUCGACACUUGGAUGGCCUACGAGCUUUACGCGCUCUUGCUCGCUGCUGCUGUCUAUUUAGGCUACACGUAUGGCACUGUUACAGAUCGCGGGGCGCUGACACCCAAACCAGCGCCAAUACCUCCCACAGCACUACAACAAACUAAAAGGAGAUCGGACGACAAGUUUGGGUUCAUUUGGAUGUCCGUUCCCAAAAACUAUCGAGAUUCCACGGACGACGGCAUUUUGACUGCUCUCCUUCUUGGUCCUCUCAUUGCCACUGCUCUUUUAUUAUGCUCCUUGGACCCUUACCCUGGCGAUGGACUGCCUGCUGGCUGGGCAAUUGAAUCGCCAAUACGUCUCCCGGCCCGAAAUACCCGUGCCCCUCCACCAGCUAUCGCUUUGUUGCGCGGACGGUACAAUCUCUUGUCACUGGCCACAUUCACGAGUGCAAUCCUUCUGCUACACGUCUGUUCAUCUCGUUGGCUAGAAAAUAGGCAUGUUGCUGCGGGUGAACCAACACCCUCUUCAACCGAAGCCGAACGGCGAUCAGUCCCUCGCAGCGAGGGAGUUCGCGGUCUCUACUUCAUUUUCUUCACCCUUGGGUCUGCCGCCUCGUUUUUCCUGGUCCGCAUAGCUCUCGGCUUAGUUGGCAUCGGCAUCUGGCAACACCUUAACCUCUUUGAUGUUAUUGUCGUUGCGAUCUUCUACCAGUUCACAUUGUAUGUUGCCCUGAGAAUGGCGCAUCGCGGCCUGACUCUUGGAGAACUGGGCUUAGUAUGUUUUGGUGGGACUGCAAUCUUCAUGGAAUUCCUCAAUAUCACUAUCGCUCGGAUUUGGCCCGUGACAACUGCGUACCUUAAAACUUACCGACUCCCGACUCCCCUGGUCGUCUUUCAAACCGCUCUCGUUGCUGGUCCUUUUCUGACCGGAUUUCUCAUCGCCCCCAUGCUGGUGCUAUCUAGACAUGCUGCUCAAACACCAGUGCGACGUCAACGCCGUCUCCUACCUUCAGAAGCCUUACGCGCUCGCCGUCGCCUUGCUUUCGCGGCUGCUUUUGUUGCCCUUGUGAUUAUUUUCGGUCCUCUCGGUCUAUGGACAAGAUGGUGUCUAGGUAAUCGUGACCCUUGGAUAUGGGUCGUUUGUUGGGUCAUCUCGCGACACAGAAGAGUUGCUCUCUUAGCCUAUUGGGCAGCACUGGGUUCAAUCAGUGUCGCUGGCUGGACGAGGCAACUCGCGAGAUCGCGCCGUAUGCCGGGCCCAGUUGAUGCAGCUUCCUCUACUAAUGCCUUGUUCGCGGCCUCCAAUGAAUUCUUGGAUCGGGCUCCCACUCUCAGAUUAAACGAACGCCGCAAGUUCUUCCAUGCUCUCGUGGUUUUCAUGUUUUUACCUGGAAUUGCAUUCGACCCCGCAUUUACGCACCUCGCAUUCAGCGCCGCAUUUGCAGCUUUCGUCUUCGCCGAAUAUAUACGCUAUUUUGCCAUCUAUCCGCUCGGAGCGGCGGUCCAUCGUUUCAUGAAUGAAUUUCUCGACACCAAAGACAGCGGCACCGCAAUCCUGAGCCAUUUUUAUCUUUUGACAGGAUGUGCAGGGGCACUGUGGCUCGAAGGGCAAGUUUUGCCAACUUGGUUGUUACAGUACACAGGAGUCCUAGUUCUCGGGAUAGGUGACGCACUAGCAAGUAUCGUCGGCAAGCGACACGGUCGCCAUGUUUGGUCUCCUACCACAACCAAAACGCUGGAAGGCAGCGCGGCUUUUGCUGCUUCCGUUCUCGCGUGUGCUUGGCUCCUUCGUCUGUUGGGUGUGGUGGAGCCGUUUUCGACAGUCCGCUACGUUAGCGUGAUUAUCCUGGCUUCCGUCCUGGAAGCCCUUUCAGACCAAAACGAUAAUCUGACCCUUCCACUAUAUACGUGGAGUGCCCUGGUCAUCAUGCGAGUGUCAUAA